UGGAUGAAUUACAGUGGUUUGGUGCUGGGAAACAGAAGAAGGAGCUGAAAUUUGAGGAAUCCCAUUAUAUAAUGAGCAUUUAAAGGAGGGAGAUUGCAACACGCCCAUUGCCAAGCUCCACUUGUUUCAGUAGCAGUCCACCUGUGAACUUCUACAUGAUGUUGAAGGUUGUGUUUCUGUCUGUCCUGGCCCUGGCCUCAGCACUCCAGUGCCCUGAUGGAGGGAUGUGCUCGGGUGACAAUACCUGCUGCAAGAUCCCCGGUGGUGGAUACAGCUGCUGCCCGCUCCCAAGUGAUAUCCGUUCAUUCCCCAUGAUUCAGGCAGGCUCUCUGAAUGACAUUUCUGGAACUGUGUGCCCAGACAACUCUCCCUGCCCCUCUGAGUACUCAUGUCUGCUCACCCCCACUGGAGUGUAUGGCUGUUGCCCCUUUCCUCAGGGGCUGUCAUGUGCUGAUGGGAAACGCUGUUGUCCAGAUGGCUAUAAAUGCAGUGAUGAUGGAAGUUCCUGCACUCGACAUACAGAGGUCUCAGUUGUUGGUGCGGUGAUUUGUCCGGAUCAGGAGUCGGAGUGUCCCGACGAAACUACCUGCUGUGAGCUGCCAGAUGGAUCCUGGGGCUGCUGUCCUAUGGUGAAUGCUGUGUGUUGUGAUGAUAAAUUGCACUGCUGUCCUGAAGGCACCAGGUGUGACACUGCCCACUCCAAGUGUCUGUCACAUGAGAGUGAGACCCCCAUGUGGGGCAAAUUGCUUGCGAGAAAGAGGGCAGCUUGGGAAAACGAUAAAGUGCCGAAGGUAGAAUCUGUUGUUUGUCCGGAUGGGAAGAGCCAAUGCCAAGAUGGUGCCACCUGCUGUCUAAUGCAAAGCGGCAAGUAUGGCUGCUGCCCAUUACCCAAUGCUGUAUGCUGUACAGACCAUGAGCACUGCUGUCCUGCCGCCAGCACGUGUGACCUGGAACAUGACACUUGUACGUCUGCAAGCGGGGAAACUCAGCUGCUUAAAAAGAUCCCAGCAGUCAUAAGAGAUGUGAUUUGUCCAGAUAUGCAGACCAAAUGCCCCAGUGAGACAACCUGCUGCGAACUACCAUCGGGAAGUUAUGGCUGCUGCCCUAUGCCUCAAGCUGUUUGCUGUGAUGACCACGAGCAUUGCUGUCCAGAGGGCACCACCUGUGACCUUGCAGCUGGCACCUGUGACAAGGGUGGAUUCUCAGUGCCCUGGCUGGAGAAGGUGCCAGCCCUCAUGAGCGAGCCCAACGAAGAGAAGUGCGACGACCAGAAAAGCUGCCCUGACGGGAACACCUGCUGUAAACUGAGCACUGGAGAGUGGGCCUGCUGUCCACUGCCGCAUGCUGUGUGCUGUAACGACGAGUACUGCUGUCCCGAGGGAACCACGUGUGAUACCGCACACAGCACGUGUUUGUCUGCAGAGGGGGAAACCACAAUGAGGAAGAAGUUUCUGGCUAUCAGGAAAAACUCCAACACUAAAGCAAGUGAUGUGCAAUGUGAUGACACAACAGCAUGUCCUGAUGGAAGCACCUGCUGCAAGACAGCUACUGGAAGCUGGGCAUGCUGUCCUUUAGUUAAGGCUGUUUGCUGUGAAGACCACGAGCAUUGCUGUCCAGAGGGCACCACCUGUGACCUUGCAGCUGGCACCUGUGACAAGGGUGGAUUCUCAGUGCCCUGGCUGGAGAAGGUGCCAGCCCUCAUGAGCGAGCCCAACGAAGAGAAGUGCGACGACCAGAAAAGCUGCCCUGACGGGAACACCUGCUGUAAACUGAGCACUGGAGAGUGGGCCUGCUGUCCACUGCCGCAUGCUGUGUGCUGUAACGACGAGUACUGCUGUCCCGAGGGAACCACGUGUGAUACCGCACACAGCACGUGUUUGUCUGCAGAGGGGGAAACCGUGAUGAGGAAGAAGUUUCCGGCUAUCAGGAAAAACUCCAACAAUGGGAAGAUGCUUGUGCUUGUGAAGGGGACGGUCGAGAGAGUCAAGUGUGAUGACACCAAAUCCUGUCCUGACGGCAACACCUGCUGCAAGAACAAGCACGGGGGCUGGGGGUGCUGCAGCUUUCCCAAGGCUGUUUGCUGUGAUGACCACGAGCAUUGCUGUCCAGAGGGCACCACCUGUGACCUUGCCGCUGGCACCUGUGAUCAAGGUGGAUUCUCUGUGCCCUGGCUGGAGAAGGUGCCAGCCCUCAUGAGCGAGCCCAACGAAGAGAAGUGCGACGACCAGAAAAGCUGCCCUGACGGGAACACCUGCUGUAAACUGAGCACUGGAGAGUGGGCCUGCUGUCCACUGCCGCAUGCUGUGUGCUGUAACGACGAGUACUGCUGUCCCGAGGGAACCACGUGUGAUACCGCACACAGCACGUGUUUGUCUGCAGAGGGGGAAACCGUGAUGAGGAAGAAGUUUCCGGCUAUCGGGAAAAACUCCAACACUAAAGCAAGUGAUGUGCAAUGUGAUGACACAACAGCAUGUCCUGAUGGAAGCACCUGCUGCAAGACAGCUACUGGAAGCUGGGCAUGCUGUCCUUUAGUUAAGGCUGUUUGCUGUGAAGACCACGAGCAUUGCUGUCCAGAGGGCACCACCUGUGACCUUGCAGCUGGCACCUGUGACAAGGGUGGAUUCUCAGUGCCCUGGCUGGAGAAGGUGCCAGCCCUCAUGAGCGAGCCCAACGAAGAGAAGUGCGACGACCAGAAAAGCUGCCCUGACGGGAACACCUGCUGUAAACUGAGCACUGGAGAGUGGGCCUGCUGUCCACUGCCGCAUGCUGUGUGCUGUAACGACGAGUACUGCUGUCCCGAGGGAACCACGUGUGAUACCGCACACAGCACGUGUUUGUCUGCAGAGGGGGAAACCGUGAUGAGGAAGAAGUUUCCGGCUAUCGGGAAAAACUCCAACAGUGGGAAGAUGCUUAUGCUUGUGAAGGGGACGGUCGAGAGAGUCAAGUGUGAUGACACCAAAUCCUGUCCUGACGGCAACACCUGCUGCAAGAACAAGCACGGGGGCUGGGGGUGCUGCAGCUUUCCCAAGGCUGUUUGCUGUGAUGACCACGAGCAUUGCUGUCCAGAGGGCACCACCUGUGACCUUGCCGCUGGCACCUGUGAUCAAGGUGGAUUCUCUGUGCCCUGGCUGGAGAAGGUGCCAGCCCUCAUGAGCGAGCCCAACGAAGAGAAGUGCGACGACCAGAAAAGCUGCCCUGACGGGAACACCUGCUGUAAACUGAGCACUGGAGAGUGGGCCUGCUGUCCACUGCCGCAUGCUGUGUGCUGUAACGACGAGUACUGCUGUCCCGAGGGAACCACGUGUGAUACCGCACACAGCACGUGUUUGUCUGCAGAGGGGGAAACCACGAUGAGGAAGAAGUUUCUGGCUAUCAGGAAAAACUCCAACACUAAAGCAAGUGAUGUGCAAUGUGAUGACACAACAGCAUGUCCUGAUGGAAGCACCUGCUGCAAGACAGCUACUGGAAGCUGGGCAUGCUGUCCUUUAGUUAAGGCUGUUUGCUGUGAAGACCACGAGCAUUGCUGUCCAGAGGGCACCACCUGUGACCUUGCAGCUGGCACCUGUGACAAGGGUGGAUUCUCAGUGCCCUGGCUGGAGAAGGUGCCAGCCCUCAUGAGCGAGCCCAACGAAGAGAAGUGCGACGACCAGAAAAGCUGCCCUGACGGGAACACCUGCUGUAAACUGAGCACUGGAGAGUGGGCCUGCUGUCCACUGCCGCAUGCUGUGUGCUGUAACGACGAGUACUGCUGUCCCGAGGGAACCACGUGUGAUACCGCACACAGCACGUGUUUGUCUGCAGAGGGGGAAACCGUGAUGAGGAAGAAGUUUCUGGCUAUCAGGAAAAACUCCAACACUAAAGCAAGUGAUGUGCAAUGUGAUGACACAACAGCAUGUCCUGAUGGAAGCACCUGCUGCAAGACAGCUACUGGAAGCUGGGCAUGCUGUCCUUUAGUUAAGGCUGUUUGCUGUGAAGACCACGAGCAUUGCUGUCCAGAGGGCACCACCUGUGACCUUGCAGCUGGCACCUGUGACAAGGGUGGAUUCUCAGUGCCCUGGCUGGAGAAGGUGCCAGCCCUCAUGAGCGAGCCCAACGAAGAGAAGUGCGACGACCAGAAAAGCUGCCCUGACGGGAACACCUGCUGUAAACUGAGCACUGGAGAGUGGGCUUGCUGUCCACUGCCGCAUGCUGUGUGCUGUAACGACGAGUACUGCUGUCCCGAGGGAACCACGUGUGAUACCGCACACAGCACGUGUUUGUCUGCAGAGGGGGAAACCGUGAUGAGGAAGAAGUUUCCGGCUAUCAGGAAAAACUCCAACAAUGGGAAGAUGCUUGUGCUUGUGAAGGGGACGGUCGAGAGAGUCAAGUGUGAUGACACCAAAUCCUGUCCUGACGGCAACACCUGCUGCAAGAACAAGCACGGGGGCUGGGGGUGCUGCAGCUUUCCCAAGGCUGUUUGCUGUGAUGACCACGAGCAUUGCUGUCCAGAGGGCACCACCUGUGACCUUGCCGCUGGCACCUGUGAUCAAGGUGGAUUCUCUGUGCCCUGGCUGGAGAAGGUGCCAGCCCUCAUGAGCGAGCCCAACGAAGAGAAGUGCGACGACCAGAAAAGCUGCCCUGACGGGAACACCUGCUGUAAACUGAGCACUGGAGAGUGGGCCUGCUGUCCACUGCCGCAUGCUGUGUGCUGUAACGACGAGUACUGCUGUCCCGAGGGAACCACGUGUGAUACCGCACACAGCACGUGUUUGUCUGCAGAGGGGGAAACCACAAUGAGGAAGAAGUUUCUGGCUAUCAGGAAAAACUCCAACACUAAAGCAAGUGAUGUGCAAUGUGAUGACACAACAGCAUGUCCUGAUGGAAGCACCUGCUGCAAGACAGCUACUGGAAGCUGGGCAUGCUGUCCUUUAGUUAAGGCUGUUUGCUGUGAAGACCACGAGCAUUGCUGUCCAGAGGGCACCACCUGUGACCUUGCAGCUGGCACCUGUGACAAGGGUGGAUUCUCAGUGCCCUGGCUGGAGAAGGUGCCAGCCCUCAUGAGCGAGCCCAACGAAGAGAAGUGCGAUGACCAGAAAAGCUGCCCUGACGGGAACACCUGCUGUAAACUGAGCACUGGAGAGUGGGCCUGCUGUCCACUGCCGCAUGCUGUGUGCUGUAACGACGAGUACUGCUGUCCCGAGGGAACCACGUGUGAUACCGCACACAGCACGUGUUUGUCUGCAGAGGGGGAAACCGUGAUGAGGAAGAAGUUUCCGGCUAUCGGGAAAAACUCCAACAGUGGGAAGAUGCUUAUGCUUGUGAAGGGGACGGUCGAGAGAGUCAAGUGUGAUGACACCAAAUCCUGUCCUGACGGCAACACCUGCUGCAAGAACAAGCACGGGGGCUGGGGGUGCUGCAGCUUUCCCAAGGCUGUUUGCUGUGAUGACCACGAGCAUUGCUGUCCAGAGGGCACCACCUGUGACCUUGCCGCUGGCACCUGUGAUCAAGGUGGAUUCUCAGUGCCCUGGCUGGAGAAGGUGCCAGCCCUCAUGAGCGAGCCCAACGAAGAGAAGUGCGACGACCAGAAAAGCUGCCCUGACGGGAACACCUGCUGUAAACUGAGCACUGGAGAGUGGGCCUGCUGUCCACUGCCGCAUGCUGUGUGCUGUAACGACGAGUACUGCUGUCCCGAGGGAACCACGUGUGAUACCGCACACAGCACGUGUUUGUCUGCAGAGGGGGAAACCGUGAUGAGGAAGAAGUUUCCGGCUAUCAGGAAAAACUCCAACAAUGGGAAGAUGCUUGUGCUUGUGAAGGGGACGGUCGAGAGAGUCAAGUGUGAUGACACCAAAUCCUGUCCUGACGGCAACACCUGCUGCAAGAACAAGCACGGGGGCUGGGGGUGCUGCAGCUUUCCCAAGGCUGUUUGCUGUGAUGACCACGAGCAUUGCUGUCCAGAGGGCACCACCUGUGACCUUGCCGCUGGCACCUGUGAUCAAGGUGGAUUCUCUGUGCCCUGGCUGGAGAAGGUGCCAGCCCUCAUGAGCGAGCCCAACGAAGAGAAGUGCGACGACCAGACCAGCUGCCCCGACGGGACUACUUGCUGUAAAUUGAGCACUGGUGACUGGGCCUGCUGUCCACUGAUGCAUGCUGUGUGCUGCAAUGAUCACGAACACUGUUGUCCUAAAGGGUACAAGUGUGAUGUUGAGCAGCAGACCUGCGUCAAGCAAGGCCUGAGCAUCCCCUGGGUGGCAAAGAAACCUCCCAUGAAGAGGCUGCUGUCUGCAGCUGGAGCCCACACAGACAAGAACAUGUGUGACAAGCACACCUGCCCCAAGGAAAUGACAUGCUUCAAGAUGAGAACAGAGAAGUGGGGCUGCUGUCCUCUACCAAACGCGGUGUUCUGUAAUGAUCAGGAGCACUGUUGUCCCCAGGGUUACCAGUGCAACAUACAGACCAGCACCUGUGAGAGACAGAGCCCGGUCCUCCCCUGGGUCUUUCAGAAAGCCCCUCUCUAUAGCAUCUCUGCUGCCUCCCCUGACUCCAGAGGCAAUGAAAAAUGUGAUGAUCAGCACAACUGCUCAGGUCAGCAAACCUGCUGCAAGACUACUGCUGGAACCUGGGGCUGCUGCCCCUACAGCCAGGGUGUCUGCUGUGAUGAUCGUCAGCACUGCUGUCCAAAUCGCUACACUUGUGACAAGUCUGGUGCAAAGUGUGUUCGGAGCAACGGCCUAAGCUGGGAUGUGCUUUUCUCUGAAAAAAGAAGGGCGUUUAACACCUUGUAGUGCUCCCUUCUUGCAACGUUGCAGCCGUGAGCCAUGCACUCCACAUCCCUCCAAAUUAGCGGCCUACAGAAAAAAGCACUGUAAAUUACAAUUGGAUUUUUAAUGUGAAAAUUCACUUUUUUUUUUUUUACUGUUGUGAUUGAAUGGGGAUAUUGGAACCAAUCGUUCAUGGUUGGCUUUUUGUUGGCUUGUUCUGUUAGCAAAGCUGUGUGUAGGUUUAGUGUAUUAAAUAGUCACCCUUUUUCCAGAAAUGCAGCUUUCCACUUUUAAUUGGAUAAUUUCAUUCUGUUUGUCUGCCUAGCAGCGUACAGCUGUGCCAUUUAAACAUACAACCCUAUACACAAAACUAAAUUGGCUAUUUGAAGUAUGCUCUGUUUUUAACCAUGCUUUGUGAAUACUAAGAUUUUACUUUCAGGUGUACAAAUACUUUGAAUUGUUCUCGCUAUAUGUUUAAUUUCAGGGGCUUCCCUGUGUUACGUACCUCAGAAUAACCCAAAGCUUUCCUGUGGAUGCUGAUGCCUCUAAGCAUUUAAUCCUAAUAAACUGCAUUUUUUAUUAAAAAAAAAAUAAAUGAUUAAAAUAGA